AUGGGAAUACGAAGAGGAAGUGACGAGAAUGAAGAUAAUGUUGAGCAACCUGAUUCUGCCAGACUUGGAGGAUAUACUACUUCUUCCACCUGCCCCUCCCUCAUCGUUUCCAAGCACCAGGAUACUCACACUAUCUCCCCCACAUCCCACACUCCACAGUCGACUGACAUCAUCUCAAUUACUCAUUCCCAUAAGCGUUGA